UAUUUAAAAAUUAACAUUAAAAAAGCAUUGGAAAUAUUAAAUUUCCAUAAAGUUCGUCAAUAAAUGAAUGAGCUAAAGAGAAUUUAACUGUUAACUGACAUUCAAGCGAGAAAAAAAAAAAACGAAGUGAGAAAAUAAAAGCACAUCAACGAGGCUGGCAUCAGCAGCCUCCAGUUCAUCAAUGCCACCACUUGUGCGCGUUCAAAAUAAUAGAAAUACAACAACAACCUAGCAAUUGGCAUAAAUUGCAAAAGCAAAUAAAAUAUAUAGCAAGGCAAUAAACGAGACCAUGCUGAGCAUUGCUGAUGCACAUUUAAAUUACUAACGCGGGCAAUUAAAAACAGAACUGCGUUGCGCGGAAAGCGGCAGCAGCCAAUAUACGGCACCAAGUGAUGAAGUACUGAGCGUCGACACCGGCAGCUGCAGCAGUAAAACGGCGAGUGUUGGCAGUGCAAAUCAGCGAAAGAACUAUGGUGAUGUUAAAAAUAUACGCUCACGCUAGAAAUACGUCAAUAAACGGAAAAAGUGAAAAAGCUAAUAGCGCAACAAACGCACAGUAUAGCCUGUAUAAAUACUAAAAAACCAAACAAACUCAAAGUCAAUUGGAUUAAAAAUUGUUACAUGCUCUCCAAAUAGCCAAACAAAUAAACGACGCGUGUGCCCGAAAAAAGACCACACGACGACCAAAAUACCGCUCUCUGCGUUUUAUUAUACAAUAUUUAAAUUAAAUCAACGCUCUCUGCCUCCAGCUCUCUAUUUUUGGUAUUUUCGUAUUUCUUUUUUCUACGCAUACUUUAUUGUUGCUGUUGUUUUUUUUUGUUGUCAAAAACUUUUUGUGCGUUCUGUGCAUGCACUAACACACUGCUAUGGUGGCCGAUAGCGAAUUACAGUUACGCGAUUUCGAUGGCGAAACCGAAGACUCUGACUCCGAGACUGAAUUGCUCAUACGCCACAGUGGACGCGGUGGUGCGCGCCAACCAACGAAACGCGGCAGCAUUGCCACCUCACGGUACUAUCUCCAUGAUUACUCAACAGCAACACAGCCGACGGCGGCGGCCGCAUCGUCGUUGUCGGCUACCAACAUAGCGACGGGCUUCCUUAGCAAUUUGUUUGGCAACACAACGAACAGUCUUGGCCGCACUGCCGGGCAAGUACGUCUCAGAAAUGAACGUAGUCGCGAGCGCGAUAAAUACGCCGCCUCGAGAGCAAGAACGCAACAAAUACAAGAGCAACAACAACAAUACCAGCGACAGCAAGCUAGAACAACGGCACUUAGUUUUGGCGGUUUCAAUACGGGAUUGGGUACGUCUGCGAAACUGGCGAAAUUGGCACAGACAACGCAAACGUCGUAUCGCGUUAGCGGUGGCGACGGUGCGUCGAGCGGUUUUGAUGCGGCGGCACACGGUGUCACCGAGUCUGUAGCGAUGGGCGUACGUAGUAGUGGUAGUGGCCAAAGUGGUGCACAUAGACGUUAUGAUGCGACGUGCGCCACAAGCGCGACGAGUGAAAGUGUUAGCGGGGGUGGCGGUAUGGGUGGUGGCGCGGGUGUUGUGCUACAACAGACAGUAUUGGAUGCUGAGAACGGUUCGACGACCGUCUACUACCAGAAGAAUCGGCGACGCAGUAAACGCAGAUCGUUGGUGAAUCUGUGCAAAAUGUGCCUGUGCGGUUGUUGGCGCAAAUGGUUUUCACCACGCGAACUGCGCGCUCGCACCGUCCACUUAGGACGUGCGACUACUGAGAAAUUCCCACCGAACGAGAUACGUAAUCAAAAAUACAAUGUGAUCACGUUCCUGCCGCUCGUGCUAUUCGAGCAAUUCCGCUUCUUUUUAAAUCUAUAUUUCCUACUCAUGGCAUUGUCACAAUUCAUACCCGACAUACGUAUCGGCUAUCCGUACACCUAUUGGGGACCGCUUAGUUUUGUACUGAUGGUGACAAUUGGACGUGAGGCAGUCGACGAUUUGCGGCGACACCAACGUGAUCACGAGGUGAAUUCACAGAAAUACAAGAGGCUAACUGUAAAUGAGACACCAGGUUAUGAAAUGGUGCCCUCAUCGAAACUGAAAGUCGGUGAUAUGAUCAUUGUGGAGAAGAAUGAACGCGUGCCAGCCGAUUUAGUGCUGCUGCGUACCAGCGACAAGAGCGGCUCGGUUUUUGUGCGCACUGAUCAAUUGGAUGGUGAAACCGAUUGGAAACUGCGCUUAGCCGUGCCGCUUACGCAGAAGUUAAACAAGGACUCCGAUUUAUUUAAUAUUGACGCCAGUGUUUACAUUGAGAAGCCACAAAAUGAUAUACACUCCUUCAUCGGCACAUUUUCGAUGCACGAUGCUGGCGAUGAAACUGGUCUAAAUGUGGAGAAUACAUUGUGGGCCAAUACAGUGGUCGCUGCCGGCACUGCCACCGGCAUUGUCAUCUAUACAGGCUGUGAAACGCGUAGCGUAAUGAAUAACUCACAGCCUCGCUCGAAGGUUGGACUGCUCGAUGUGGAGAUUAAUGGUCUAACGAAGGUGCUCUUCUGUGCCGUGCUCGGCCUGUCGCUCGUCAUGAUGAUGCUUAAAGGCUUCAGCGGCCCCUGGUAUCGUUACAUGUUCCGUUUUGUACUACUCUUCUCAUACAUCAUACCCAUCAGUCUGCGCGUCAAUUUAGAUAUGGGCAAAGCCUUUUAUUCGUGGCAAAUGCAAAACGAUCCUGAGAUACAAGGUACCGUAGUACGUUCGACAACCAUACCCGAAGAACUCGGUCGCAUAUCGUAUGUGCUGACGGAUAAAACCGGAACGCUGACGCAAAACGAAAUGGUUUUCAAGAAGAUACACUUGGGCAUAGUUUCACAUGACAAUGACACAUUUCAUCACAUCGGUCAAAUAAUACAAAAUUUAGCGCCCACAAUAUUGUCACAAAGUGCACCGGGCGUCGGUGGUGCUGGUGGUGGCAGCGGUGUUGCUGGUAAUAACAUUGUAGUUGAACAACAACAAGCACCGUUAAUUAUAACAAAUAAACCGAUGUAUUCCGGCAAUCGCAUGCGUCAUCCGGAGGGUUGGCGUGAAUGGGAGGCGGUUAAGGCGUUGGCGUUAUGUCACAAUGUUACACCGAUCACUGAUGAGGACGACAAUAAAUCUGUAUCCACGUCAUCGACCUACACAUCAUCAGCAGGCGGCUCCACUUCACCUACAAAAUCUGUGAUAAAUGUUGAAUCCAGCGCAACGGAGCACCAGUAUCAGGCUUCCUCACCCGAUGAGAUCGCGCUGGUUAAGUGGACGGCCGAAGUGGGUCUAACUUUAAUUGCACGUGACAUCAAUUCGAUGACUUUGCAAAUGAAAACGAGAAAAUCCAAAGGUGAGUCUGCAGACGGCAUGCUGCAAUUCCAAAUUCUCCAGCUGUUCCCCUUCACCAGUGAGAGUAAACGCAUGGGCAUUAUAGUGCGAGAUUCGGGAUCCGGCGAAAUCACUUUCUAUCUUAAAGGCGCCGACGUAGUUAUGACCUCCAUUGUGCAGUACAACGAUUGGUUGAGCGAAGAAUCGGGCAAUAUGGCGCGCGAAGGUCUGCGCACCUUGGUGGUCGCCAAGAAAGUGCUCUCCGAAGAGCAAUAUAACGAUUUUGAGACACGCAUAAGCGCGGCACGUCUCAGUGUAACUGAUCGUGUUGCAAAAGUCGCCGCAGUGAUUGAGUCAUUGGAGCGUGAGAUGGAAUUGCUUUGCUUGACGGGUGUUGAGGACCGUCUGCAAGAUGGCGUGCGUCCCACACUCGAAUUGCUGCGCAACGCCGGUGUACGUGUGUGGAUGUUGACAGGUGACAAGCUCGAGACCGCCUGCUGUAUUGCCAAGUCAUCACAGCUGAUCGGUCGCAAUCAGGGCCUGCAUGUAUUACGCUCCGUGUCGACGCGUACCGAAGCACACGCCGAGCUAAAUAACUUCCGCCGCAAGCAAGGACACGCAUUGGUUAUAUCAGGUGAAUCGCUUGAGGUCUGCCUACAAUAUUAUCGGCCGGAAUUUCUCGAACUUGCCACCGCCAGUCCGGCGGUUGUGUGCUGCCGCUGCAGUCCCACGCAAAAGGCGCAAGUAGUGCAACUCAUACAACAUCAUACCGGCAAACGCACCUGCGCGGUCGGCGAUGGCGGCAACGAUGUCAGCAUGAUACAACAAGCCGAUGCUGGUGUGGGCAUCGAGGGUCGCGAGGGUAGACAAGCUUCGCUCGCGGGCGACUUUAGCGUACCACAAUUCUCACAUAUUGCCAAAUUGUUGCUGGUGCAUGGUCGCCGCUCGUAUAAACGCUCGGCGGCGCUCUCACAAUUUGUCAUACAUCGUGGUUUAAUUAUAACCACACUGCAAGCAGUUUUCUCCGCCGUCUUCUAUCUGAGUUCGGUGGCUUUGUAUCAAGGUUUCCUCAUGGUCGGCUAUUCAACGUUGUAUACAAUGUUUCCCGUUUUCUCUUUGGUGCUGGAUCAAGAUAUUACGUCGACCACAGCCGUCACCUAUCCCGAGUUAUACAAGGAUCUAUCCAAGGGUCGUAGUUUAAGCUACAAAACGUUCUUCAUUUGGGUGCUAAUCAGUAUAUACCAAGGCGGUGUGAUUAUGUAUGGCGCACUCAUUUUAUUCGAAGACGAAUUCAUACAUAUUGUGGCGAUUAGCUUCUCGGCGCUCAUUGUCACCGAGCUGAUAAUGGUGGCGUUGACGGUGCGCACGUGGCAUCGCCUUAUGGUAUUAGCUGAACUCUUCAGUUUGGCCCUCUACUUGAUAUCGUUGGCUGUGUUGCACGAGUAUUUCGAUUGGGAGUUCAUCUGGUCGUAUGACUUCCUCUGGAAGGUCUCCAUAAUUACUCUGGUGUCCUGCUUCCCUUUGUACAUUAUAAAAUUCUUGCGCAAAAAAUGCUCACCGCCGUCAUAUUUAAAAUUAUCGUAAAUUGUUGGCGUAAAGAGCGAUAUUUAUUAUUGUUUUUACACACACACAUACACAAAGUGUCCGUAUGUAUAUGUUUCUCAUUUAUAGCCCACGUUUUUUGUUAUUUCCGAAUAAGUAAUUUAUGAUUUAAGUUGACACACGCGAUUAAGUACAUUUCGUUUGCCUUUUAGAUUUUAAAAAAAUAUUUUAUAUUCUAGUAUAUAUGUAUAUGAAUAAUAAGCAUUUGA